CAUAUGUCAGUGCCAGACUGAUCAGCUGUUAAACGUCAAUGGCUCAUCUGCUUACUAAAUUUUUGAAGGAUUGCGAAUAACAAAAAUAGUGAAAUUUUGGAAUAAUUAUGGCGUGGUUGUCAGGUCUUGCCGGAAAAGCGGAGCAUUUAUUAAAUAAAAUUGACAAAAAUACCGCAGCAGUAUUAAGUAAAGAGAAAAAUGACCAACUCGCAGAGGUUAUGUGGAUGCCUCCGAGUGAAAGUCCUGAGAACAUUGUGCUCGAUCCAUCUAAUAAUUUUUCGUACACUGACCUAUCGAGCAUUGAAACUCCAUCACAAUCAAGUAUAAAUUCUGUCAGAGAUGAUGAAUUAAUGACGUAUUUAAACACACCCGUUCUAACUCCUACGAAAAGUGUAAUAAAUCCAGAAAAUGGAGAUUUAAUCCUCCACUUGUCUCCAAAUGAACCAAAUUUACAAAUAGAGCACGAUUCAUCGGACACUUCAAGUGUUAGAAGUGUAGAUGCGGUAUUAAAUCUUGAAGAAUUAGUACCGCAAAAUGAGAAUUUUAGUUUGCGGAACAUUGAGCAAAAACAUACUAAUGGACUUCCGGAUGUUGUUUGCGAAAAUGUAGUCGAUGAAUCGAAAAAUCCAAGAGAAGUAAAGGCUCCACUUCAAGAUUUGGAGCACGAUUUCACAAGACGAGAAAUAGAGAAAGAUAAAUUUAUAUCGGAUGAGAACUUUACCAAAAAACAAUUGCAAAUUCUGCAAAAGCAUGUUGAAAAUAAAAAGGGAUUGCUAGAUAAACAGCAAACGGAUUACCAAAAGGAAAUAAAUGCUUUGAAGGAUAAAUUGCAGUCUUUUAGUGUUGAGAGAACGCAAUUUUCAAAACGAAUAUCAGAAUUACAAUCAAAUUUGGAGAGGAAUCGCGCCGAAUUGACAUCUACGAGGUCGGAAUUGGAACAGCACAGAGCGAGAGCUUUAAAAACUUUACAGGAAAAAGAAAAAUUAAUUGUGGAAUUGAGAGGAAAUGCGAAUGCAGGAUCGAAUGAGGCAACUUCAAUGGAAUUGAAUCAACUAAGACAAGAGCGUGAUGUUCUUAGAGAGGAAAAUGAGCAAAUUUGCGAACAGUUGAGACUCGCUCGAGAGGAAUUGAUAGCUGUAGAUUUAAAAUUAGAAAAAAUGAGACAAAGGGCCAUUGAUGUCAGCAAACAGGCUCAAGAUGCGAUUGCAGUCGAAAGAAGGAAACGAAUCGACGCUGAAGAAGAUGCGAGAAUUCAUACAGAGGAAGCAAGAAGUCUGAAGGAAGAACUCACUCUUCAAGAAAAUAGCUUGAGCCUAAAAUUGAAAAAACAGGAAACGGAAAUUGCACGACUCAGGACACAAUUGUCCGCAGCUGCGACCCCGAGUAGCGAAGUUGAAUCGAGACUGUCGACUCUUACGCAAACUUUGGUUUUGAAGCAACAAGCUUUGGAAAGUUUAACUACUGAGAGAAAUGCUUUGAGGUUGCAGCUUGAAAAAAUAGAGGGAGAAUACAGAAAUUCGAGGAAGAAUCAUUUAUAUAAUAAUCCAAAUGAUACUGACGACGCAAAAACACAGGUUCCCACUUUUUUAAUGGAAAAUCCAUUCGACACGGGCGUCACUCGCCGAGUAAAACGUGCUUAUUCCUCAUUGGAUGCAAUUAGUAUUCGAACUGGAGUUUUUUUAAGACGAUAUCCCCUAGCCAGGAUCCUGGUUUUGAUAUACAUGGGUCUGCUUCAAUUUUGGGUCCUAGUAGUUCUUCUUUCACAAUCUCCAGAGGCUCAUUGAUUAUACCUUCAAAAUAGAGAAAAAAAUCUGAGGUAUUUGUUAUCAGUUUGUUGAACUCUGUUAUUUAUAUUAACAAAAUUAUAUUACAGUCUUAGAUUUAUGAAGAAUGGAAAGUGUGUACAUUGUAAAGAGAGUAUAUUUUUACAGCUAGAAAUGAUGUUUACUGAAUAGAUACGAGAAAUAAAGAUAAGGCUGUUUUUAAAAUUA